AUGCCGAGGGGCUCCUGUCUUCUAGACACCUUUGCUUCCUUCGACCAGGCCCAUGGCCUCCACGGAAGCCAGUGGCGCUGCAUCGCCGCCCAGCUGCCCGGCCGGUCCGACUCGUCGGUCCGCAACCGCUGGGCGCGGCUCAAGGAGGCGGCCAAGUCUGCUGUGCGGGCGAGGCGGACCCGCGAGCGGCGAGCGGAGCCGGUGGAACCGGCGGAUGGCUCGGCUCCCACCCGCACCGCCCUCCUGCCCCCCGACCUCUCCGCUCUGGCGGGACGCAUCGCUGCCGCUCAAGCCGACGCCAGCUCGCAGCCUCCGGUCAUGGCGUCGCUGGCGGAGCCGCCGGACGCAAGGUGCGCCAACGACACGACGUGA